CGGCCAAAAGGUCGCGUGCGCCGGCACGGCCGCAAAGUGCAUCGCGCGCGCCAUUUUACAAGCAACAGUGACGCUAAGCGCAUCUUCUCCGUUUGUUCGACCGCGCGCGUGACAAGUGCAUCGACAUGGAAUACAAGCUGGAAAUGGUGAGUCAGUCUUUCGAGAAGUACAAAAACCUACGCUUUCCUCUGAAGGUGUGGAUACUGGUGAACGCAACCGGGGGAAAUCGGAUUCUUCGUUGGAAUGAAAACAAAACCGUCAUCCUGUUGGAGCGAGACGCUUUGGAGCAGUAUCUGCAAACGAGGGAAUCUAUUUUCCGGUGUUCGAAGCUUUCAACCUUUUUUUGGUUGCUGGAUUUCUACGGAUUCGAACAAAUUGUGGACGAUUCGGGCAAAGUGACUAGCGACGAGGACGAGGAAAAGCUUAUUCUAAAAUAUAAACACGAUUCAUUCACCGGAGAAAAUCGCGCCUAUUUUGAACAGUUGCUUCGCAGCCGCCACCUACGCGAAACAUUCAAUAAACAAAAUGGAAACUGUUCGAUGCAUCAGGGAAAAAUUCUGAAAAAUACUAAACAAUAUGAAACGGGAGAAAAUGGCACAACGGUAAGCGGCACAAGAUCACAGCUUUCUUCCAGCAGCUUUGCACAGGAAAAGUUCAUUCUGCUCAUGGAGACAAAAUCGCUCGAGCUUUCGGUACGUGAGGCUUACGGAAAUCUCAACAUUGGCGACGACGGACUGGUUCCGAUCAUCGAAGUUCCAGCAGCGUACUGUAACGAACCGGUCACCGAACUUCCAGAGUAUAUGAAGCAACGCGUUAUCGCGGGCAAUUACGGUCGGGUCAAUUUGGACGAUUUGAAACGCUUCUUCGGUAAUUAUUUACCGGUUUACGAUGAUUCGCCUGAGGCCCAGAGUGCAAAGGUACCGGAGAAAAAACCUUCGGUGGAAAAAACUCUGACAUUAACGCCAGCGGAAAAUAAAAUGGCAGAGGUUCACCCGAAAAAAACCGUGCCGGAAAAGUUACCGCCACCGGUCAACACGCUGGACACUUUUGACUACCAGGAUGAAAACGUCCAUAGUGGCUCUAGAGCAAUGAAUUUUGGCGAGUUUUCGCCGCUAACGCCACUGGAGGAUUUAGGUUUUCCUAAAGAUGAAGAAGUGGAAGGGCAAACGUUCGUCGAGGAAGACGUGAAGUGCACCGUCGUGGCAGACCCACUGGCGGCGGAGGAGGAGUCCCAGUAUCAGCUGUGCGUCGAUAUUCGUGAAACGUUUGAUUUGCUGAAUCAAUUUUAAAAAUCGUGGUAUACACUGAUUUUAAUUGUUAAUGCAAAAAUCAAUUGAACAUAACCAUUUCCAUGUUGGUAGAUUAUUACUUGUUACCAUUUUAUAGCUGCUAAUUUAUUAUAAUUAUGUCUGAAAUAGGGUUAAACUAAUAUAAAUUAUAAAAGCUAAGGCAUAUUAAAAUAAUGAAACUAGUCAUAAGUUAUUCUAAGCAUUUCAGAAUAGCAAGUUAAGGAU